CAUCCCAGACUUUCCUCCCAAAAACCAAACAACAAACAACAACAACAAAAACAGAGAACCACCAAAAGAACAAGAAACAUGAACAACAACCAAGCACCAACCAUCUUCCUAAACCAGCCCAUCCUAUACAUCAACGACCUGCCCCCACAAGUCUCCGAUCAGGAUAUCAUCUCAGUCCUACACGAGUGCUUGAGAGCAAGACUAAGGAUCAACAGAACUGAGGACCAAUCGACCCCAUUGACCGGAACAGUCGAAUUCGAGAAACUAGAGAACGCCGAAAAGGCUUAUGCCACCCUACACAACUGCUACCUCUCACAGUAUGACUGUUACCUUCGACUAUCUCACUCGGCCGAUCCAUCCCACGAUCCCAAACCAUCGGCCCGGAUCCGGCUGAUCAAAUUCUUACCAGCGGAUGUGAGUCCCGGCCGACUGUUCAACAUCUUCCGACCAUUCGGGCCGAUCUACCGGGUCGCCCUGAACUACCACCAUGCCCCAGAUGGAUUGCCCUUCUUCUCCGGGACGGCGGUGAUCGAAUUCUAUACCGAGUCUCAGGCCUCGUUGGCCCAGAGUGAGAUGCAUUGCAGCGAGCUCGAUCGACACACGAUCGCCGUUGAGGAGUACGACGAUCGAAGGGAUAGGAGCGGUCGUGGGAUGGCGAUCAUCAAUAACUCGGCCACUCCUCAGUCCAAAUGGGCCCAGGCUACACCCUUCGUACCGGUGACUUCCCCUUCCGGCCCACUGGAUCAUAAUAUCAACAACGCCAGACGAGCUAGCGAACACUCCGCAUUCUCAGACGGACAACCUCCCGUCUCAAGAUGGGCCAACGCCCAAACUCAUCAACAACCUUAUCUGCUCAACCCCAACUCCAGCUCCAGUGCCACCUCACCAGCAACCUCGAAAUGGGCCUCCCCUCAAACCCCGCAUGCCUCAGGGGCCACCAGUCCAGACCCAUCCAUCCCUCAUCAUCCUACCCCUCAACAGAAACAGGUCGACCCUUGUAACCUGUUCAUCAAAGGCUUGAGUCCGGAAAUCGAAUCCGGGGACUUGUUCCAUGCUUUCAAACAGUUCGGGACCAUCGUCUCUGCAAGAGUGAUGAAGAAUGAAGCGACCGGAAUCAGCAAGCAGUUCGGUUUUGUCAGCUUCACGACCGAGGAAGCUACCUCGAAUGCGCUCAAGACCAUGGACGGCGCCGUCCUCGGCCAAUCCGCAAAUCGCAUCGUCGUCCGUCUACACGAACUUAAGAAGCUUAAGGAGGGACGGCCCAAUAAACUGGUCCCUACUCUCUCUCCUCCCCCGACCACGAUCGAUUCUCCUGAACAUCCGGUCUCUCUCCUCGCUAAACUCCAGGCCGCCGAAUCGCAUCCUCCCUCAAUCACACAGUCCGGCCAAAGCUCAGCCGAUCAGCCUGGUGGUAUUGUACCCGACUCCGUCUGCGCUUCUUCCCAACCAACGCUCCACCAGUCACAAAUAUCAUCUGGAGCAGCAAAGGAGAAUGUACUAAAUGUUGAGACGGCGGUCCGAGAAGCCUCGCCGAGCCAGCGGACGGACGGAACGCGGCUAGGGAUCGGCCCGGCCUCGGGCUGUGUCUCACCUACGACGACGUCGAGUGUGAUCUCUGGCGGGGGAGGGGGCGGGACGCCGAUGGUGACGGAACGGGAGCGGAUGAAAGCGGCGGUGGGACGGUUGCAGGAGCGGACUCAGUCGGAGGGCGAGAUGGAGGAGCUAGUGGAGCUGCUGAUGGCCCUGCCGACGAGGGACCGAAAGCUCUGUCUGUUCAACCCCCAGGUGCUCGCCGGCAAGGUGGUCGAAGCGCUCGAAAUCAUCCAGACCCCCGACGACAUCGGGCCCCCUAUGACCGCAAAAAACAUCGCCAUCGCCGUCCACCCUCUCUCCCCCGCUCGCGAAUCGCCGUUGCCCACUCCCUCCUCCGUCAAGGCCGUCGCUGGAAGCACCGCCUCUUUCCCUCAAUCGUCCUCUUCUUCCUCUCCCCUUCCUUCGGCGUCUCCUUCUUGUCUUUCAGAACCAUCCAAACCUCAAGCGAAACGGAUUUCGAUCAACGAAUUGAGCGAGCUUUCAGCCAAAGAGAUCAUCGCGAUCUUACUGGACGAAAACGGAUCAUCGAGUCGAGUGGUGAUCGAUGAUCCGCAAGCUCGCGAGUUAUUAUUACCCGACCGAUCGGCGGCCGAGUUCGUCAAGAAAAGGGGAGCGGUCGAGCAGUGGUUGGAGGCCAAGAUCUUCUGCUUGGGCUCGGUCCAUCAGCAGAAACAGAAGAUCGGCGAGAAGCUCUUCAAGCUCUUGAAGAGCUUCGGCAAGCUCAAAAAACCCACCCCGAAGCUCACCGUCGAGCUCCUCGACUCCCAGGAUCUCCAUGCUCUCUGCUUGCUCAUGGAACUCUUUCCCGCGGUUCUUAAGGCCAAGGUCUUGCCUCCUUCUGGAUCUCCUUAGUCGCAUAAUCGAGCUUUCUCUCUCUCUCUCUCUUGCUCUCUAAAUCUCUAUACUCUCUUUUUUUCCUGAGUUUCAUCGAAUCUUUUAUUUAAAAGCC